GUGCAUUGCUCAUUAUUCUUCAAAUUUGGGGAAGAACACUUGCUCAGCCCUCACAAUUGCUGACCAUUGCUCAUUGAUGUUUGAGGAGGCAUCUGCCCAGAGUCAGAUCAGUCCAACCUUGUCACAACCACCAACAACAAUGUUUUUGACGACCUAAAGAUAGAUUUUUCUACCUCGUUGCGUCAAACAAAUGCACAACAAAUGCACAACGUAGACAACUACCUUCCACAACGUAGACAGCUACCUUCCGCUCCUCUUUGAGAGACUUCCUCAAACAUCUUGCAGCUUGAGAGAACAAUGAAGUCUUCUUUCAAGCACACGCUGAAGAACAGCGCCUGCUUGGUGGACCAUACCAAAACUGUGAAAGCUUUCAAAACAGUCCUGAGCAGCGAUGGCCCCCAGCCUGACUCCGCUUCUGAACGCCCUGGGAUGGGGCUCGGUCGACUUUCACGACCGGAUGCUCCGCCCAGUAGGUAUAGUGCUGGGGUUUCUGGUCACCGUUCUCUUCCUGUAUGCGCUUGGCACCAACUCGGACCAGCUCUUGGCGCUGAGCAGUGGCCGAGUCUUGAGAAACUCUUCCAGCCUCCUGUUGUGCGAAGCAUGGUUCGAGGAGCAGGAUCGGGCAAGGGGGCACAUGUUGGCGGGUAGGGACUUUGACACCGACCCGGUCAACAUAUAUGAAGUGGGCCUGCCGGAGUGGUUCGUGGCAGCGCAAAAGGAUCUCCAGGAGUGUGAUGUCCCAUGCAGCUCCAUUCGCUACAGCGACGCCCAGGCAGCGUCCAUCACCCACUGGGACGCCCGUACCGACGAGUGGCCUCAGGCACCCCAAGAUAUCGAUCACUCACAUGGCUUUGCCGUUCUCCGCAACGCCGAGCCCCCAGUGCUCUUCCCCGGUCUCGCGGUUGACACUGCUCAUGAGGCAGGCUAUGACACCCUGAUGACAUCGGAGCUGGCGUCCGACGUGCCCUUACCGUAUACGGGCAUCGGCACAACGAUUGGGGACCUGUUUGCGCUGGGGCUGCCGUUCGAGAAGAAGCAAAAGGCGGCGAUGGUUGUGAUUAGCAACUGCGGAGCAGCAAGUUUUCGAUUGCAAGCCAUUGAAAAGAUGCAAGAGCUGGGAAUACGAGUGGACUCAUACGGGGGGUGUGCACACAACAAGGACUUUCCAACCAACGACAACCACCCCCGAGACGAGGCGGGUAACAGGGCGCGCUACGUCCAAAAGAUUGCCAUCGCACGCACCUACCUCUUCUACCUGGCGUUCGAAAACAGUCAGUGGCCCGACUACGUCACCGAAAAGUUCUACCACACAUUGCAAGCCGGUACCGUUCCAGUAGUCAUCGGCGCCCCGAACAUUGCGGAUUUUGCCCCGAGCCCAGAAUCGUUUCUCUACUUGGAAUCCGUGGAAGAUGUUCCGGCCGUUGUGGGCAGGAUGAAGUUUCUGAUGGAGAACCGGGCCGCGUACAAGGCGAUGCUGGAGUGGAAGCACCGCGAAGCCUCCGACGGCUUCAAAGCGAUCGCCGACAUUCCGAGCAUCCACCCGACGUGCCGCCUCUGCAUCCACAUCGCCACCAGGCUCCAAGCACAGGAGGACAAUCAAACGCGCGCUAGCAUUAAUCAGUCGUCCGUUGUUGGUAACAAAGAGAAAGCCCCGUACUCGAGUAAGAAUGGGCGGCUGAGCACAAGAUUGCCCUUGCAAUUGUGCACGUGUCGCCUAUCGGACGUGUCGCUAUCUUCCGGGCUGCGCUUGUUGCAAGGGUUGACGGGUGCGGACGAAGUGCACCGAAUAUAUGUACGAGAACGAGGCAGGUUCAGGUAUCGUCCUGUGUUUCUUGACGGCGGAGAUUUUAGCGUAAGAGCUUUGCAUGCGGCAGUGCUCAGAGCGUUUCUGGUAGACAGUUAUGAGCCGACUUGGGUUGAGAAAAGGAAGGUGCUGGGUAUUGUAUGGACCACGUGGAAGGUGUAUAAAGUAUACCCGGUUGGGAUAACCAUAAGGGCAGCCCUAGGAAACGGGUCCUUUACGACGGAUAGUGACUUCCGAGAGUACUUGAGACAGCAUCCUUGUCCAAAGCUUGAGGCUAUCAUAGUUUGAUAAUGAACGCCCUUCCAAUCUGUGUGUAGAAGUCCUUGACAGUCGACGUUGUGCCAAUAGUGC